UCACCCCAUGCAACACACACCAAAAGGGGAAAGGAAAAAAAAACUAAACAGCUAUCGUAUGCUCAGCCCACAAAGAGAAAUAGUAUUGGAGAGGCAGGGCAGCAGGGCAGAGGUGCAGAUGAAAAGUGUCUAGAAAAAACUUCUCCGAGCUCUGAUAUACAACUACCAGACCUCCAAAAUAAAAAUGAAUGGACAGAAGCAGUGGACACGAGUGGUCGUGAUGGCUCUCCUGAUGCUGACGGUGAUGGCAGCUGAAGGAGGCAAAGCAGAGAAACAAGGAAAGAAGGAGCGCAAGUCGGACUGCGGGGACUGGCAGUGGAGUGUGUGCGUAGCCAACGAAGGGGACUGUGGACUGGGUACCAGGGAGGGAACACGCACCGGCACCGACUGCAAGCAGACCAUCAAGACCCAACGCUGCAAGAUCCCCUGCAACUGGAAGAAGAAGUUCGGAGGAGAAUGCAAGUACGACUUCCAGGCUUGGGGGGAGUGCGAUCUGGCGACGGGCAAGAAGAACAGGACGGGCGUGCUGAAGCGAGCGCUCAUGGAUGCGACCUGCGCCGCCACCGUCACAGCCACCAAGCCCUGCGGGAAAGUCUCCAAGCCCAAGCUGCAAGAUGCAAAGAAGCAGAAGAAGGAAGGCAAGAAGCGAGAGCGCGCCCAAAUGGACUGACGAGGUCGCUCGGCACCACGGAGCGAGGGAGGAGAGAGGGGCGGAGAGACGUCCACCGCCUCCGUUUCAGCACGGUUCCUCUUUAUAUGUCCUGUAGGUUGACCGUAGGGAGCCUAUAGAGCUUUUACAACAAAAAAAAAAACACAGCGGAAAUAAGACUUUUAGAGUUUUUUUUUUCUUCUUUCUAGCACCUGAUAAGAAAAACGACUCGUACGUUGCGAUAGGAGAUAUAAUACUCGGCCAUAGGGGACGAAUAAUGAAUAUGGAAGAGAUCUGUGUACUAGUGUUCUUACCUAAUGAUGUUACUUCUAGGAUUAUUCUCUUAAGAACCAAUUGGAUAGGAUUUGUGAUACAGCUGCAUAGCCUAACUCUAAUUUGGAGAAGAAAAAAAAAACAAAAAACCCCUCUUUGGUCCAUGUCCCCAGCUUAAUGAAGCUGUUUGUUCUAAUUAAUUUGGUCAAAAAAAUCUAAAGUUAUGCAUUUGCAGUCUGGGCUCAAGUUAAUUUUCAGACUUUACCCCCAUUUACUCUGUGCUACGACAUCUCUCCUUUUAUUUCUUGUAAGAAUAAACAUAAAGCUUGUUCUUUUUCUUGGGGAGGGGGUUGCAUGAAUUAGCUAUCGUCCAACUGUGCAAACUGGUUUACUGUUUUUAGUUUGUUUUUUUCCCUCCUGCUGCUCUGUUGUACCUCAAUUUAUACCCGCUGAUUUUUAUUCUCCAGCUCUUGGCUGUAAAAAAAAUUUGAAAAUAAAAAAAAAAAUGAAUAAACGAAUAAAAAAUUUAAGUGCUCAGUAUUGUAGUCCUCAGUUGGAGUUAACAUUCCCCUUUGUGUCCUGUUAAGUUUCUGAAAAUAAAAACGAAUAAAAAUUCA